GCUUAGGUACAGACUAGUGUAUUUAGACCGGCUAAAUAGAAAUACGAAAAUGGCUGACUUCGUAGAGGUCGCUAUGGUAGUCAUCGAGCUGAUCUGGACGCUGAUCAAGAUGAACGUGGAGAACAUCCGCUGUAUCUACAAGACGUUCGUGCCUCUUGAACCUAAGGACAUUCAUGGAGAAAUCACUCUAAUCACCGGCGCUGGUCACGGGAUGGGCCGAGAGAUGGCACUACGGUUCGCUAAGCUGGGCGCCAUAGUGGUGUGCGUAGAUAUCAACGCCAAAGGCAACGAGAAGACUGUUCAGGCGAUCAAGGAUAAUGGAGGGAAAGCGCAUAGAUACGAAUGUGACGUGACAGACCGCGCCGCGGUCUUCAGUCUCGCCGAGAAAAUCACUAAAGAGGUUGGAGAAGUAACCAUCCUGGUGAAUAACGCUGGCAUCAUGCCCAGUAACCCCAUACUGGAGUGGACAGAACAGAAAAUUCGUUCCACUAUUGAUAUUAACAUCACCGCUAACCUCUGGAUGAUCCAAGCCUUCCUGCCAGCGAUGAAGAAGCUCAAUCACGGACACAUAGUGGCCAUGUCGUCCAUGGCCGGCCUCAUGGGCUUCAAGAACCUGGUCCCGUACUGCGGGACCAAGUACGCCGUGCGGGGGAUCAUGGAGGCUUUGGAAAACGAGUUGCAUGAUGAGAGCGAUGGCAAGAGCAAUAUCAAAUUCACCACCAUCUGCCCCUACAUGGUGAACACGGGUCUAUGCAAGAACCCCAGCAUCCGCUUCCAGAACCUGAUGAAGAUGGUGGAGCCAGGAGAAGCUGCGGACAUGAUCAUCGAUGCUGUACGACGGGAUAAAUAUGAAGUCACGUUACCUAACAUCAUGCAUUACAGUAAUAGGUUCCUUGUCCGCCUGAUCUCCCCUUCCGCUGCCAGGAUCACAAACAAAUUCUUCGGCGUCUCCGUGGAGCCUCACGACUGA